AUGAACAUCCUGCGUCCAGAAAAUAAUAUGAAGGCUGGCUCGGACAUAGUGGGUCGUAAAGGCUUCGUGGAUAAGCUCGUAGCUCAGCUGAUUCAUGAUGGCAGCUCCGAGCUUCGCGUGAUUUCUGUGCUGGGCGAGAGAGCCAUUGGCAAGACAGCCCUAGUGAGGAGUGUUUAUAACCGGCUCGACAUCAACCGCCGUUUCAAGCAUCGCGCUUGGGUCCACAUUUUGGCGGGUUCAGGCCUGAAGGACAUCUUGUUCGAUGUGCUUAGACAGACAACCAUGCGAGAACUGGAAGAGGUAUAUCGCCAUCAAGAACAGCACUUGUCUAAGAUGCUUAAGAAGACCUUAAAGAAGAAGAGAUAUCUUGUUGUGCUGGAUAAUCUACAGAGUGUUGAUCUCAUGAAGAUGCUCCUGAUUUCAUUCGCAAACUCGAGGAACGGAAGCAGGGUAAUCAUUACUACUUGCAAUGAUAAUAUGUCCUUGGAUUCGGGGCCCAUGCACUUCGGUCAUCUUGAGUCAUGCCGCUUAAGCAAGGAAGAGGGUCGUGAACAGUCUAAGCUCGUAGCUCAGCUGAUUCCUGCUGCAGAUGAGAGCUCUGAGCUCCGUGUGAUUUCUGUGCUGGGCGAGAGAGCCACAGGCAAGACAGCCCUAGUGGAGAGUGUUUAUGACAAGCGACAAAUCCAAUGCCAUUUCAACCGUCACGCUUGGGUCCGUGUUUUUGCGGAUUCAGGCCUGGAGGAUAUCUUGUCCGAUGUGCUUAGACAGCCAACCAUGCCAAAACUGGAAGAGGUGGAUUGCCAGCGAGAACAGCACUUGUCCGAGAUUUUUCAGAAAACCUUCAAGGAGCAGAGAUUUCUGGUUGUGCUGGAUAAUCUGCAGAGUGUUGACCUCAUGAAGAUGCUCCUGAUUUCAUUCGGAGACUCGAGGAACGGAAGCAGGGUAAUCAUUACUACCAGCAAUGAGAAAAUGUCCUUGGAUUCGAGGCAUAUACACUUCAGUCAUCUUAAGUUAUGCCCCUUAAGCGAGGAAGAGAGCCACAGCUUGUUAGGAAAAAGUGGCUGGACCCGUGAUCCGGAACUUACAAAGGCAAUUUUGGAUAAAUGCAAUGGUUAUCCUCCAGUGAUUCAGCUGCUAGGAGGACUUCCGUCUACUUUUGAAGUUCCAAAUUAUUGUACUCUCACAGAAAUCAUCUCUCUAAGUUACGAUUCACUCCUAACCUUCUCAAGGGACUGUCUUCUCUACUUGGUUCUCUUCCCUAGGGAGUCUGAGAUCCCGGUAAGGAGGCUCUUCAACAUAUGGCUCGCUGAAAAACCAUCUUCGUCUGGAGACUGCACCAAGGAUGCCCUUGAUGAAUUGGUUGCCAGAAACAUGGUUCACGUGGUGACACGGAAACUAGAUGGAAGCGCCAAAACGUGCCUCAUGCCUGGUUUUCUUCACGAUUUCAUGUCUGUCAUGGUUAUGGAUGUAGGAACUUCGGAGAUUUCUCAUAAUUCCAUUUCUACGUCAAGCAGACCACCAAGAAUGUCACCUAUUGCAGUAAAGAUUUAUCCGAGUGCCACUGGAGAACAAGAAAUGAUGGUAAGCACAAACACUUCCACCGAACCACGUGGAGCUAGGCGGGCAAACAUGUCGAGUCUAUCACUUCAUUCAACAAAGCUUCUAAGUUGUUCGCCCCCAAAAUUGGAGUACAUAGCAAUAAAAAUGGAUGGGGAGAAUCGACAACGCAAGCAGAUGUGGAUAAGUCAUGACGCCAAAACCCAGUAUGUUGCCAAAUUUUUUCGUUCUUUCAUGUUGUUCAACACGUGGAAACAGUGGGAACAUGUCAAAGAGACAGAAAUGUUUCUUGAGCCACUUCGUCUUAGGGAUGCUUCCCUUGGCUAA